AUGUCAGCCUUGUCAAAAUUAACUUUACAAGGCCUCUCCUCCGACCCUCUCGCCCCACCACCCCCCGAUUCCUCCGCCGAUGAACUCGAGCCUCCCGUCCCACGGGCCUCCCCAAAGGUUCCAACCUACGAAUACUACGGUUUUGUCCUCUACCUCUUCUCCUCUCUAACCUUCCUUCUCUACCUCCUCUGGUCCUACCUCCCAUCUCCCUUCCUCCACGCUCUAGGAAUUUACUAUUAUCCUAAUCGCUGGUGGUCUCUUGCCUUACCGAGCUGGAUUGUUAUGCUCCUCGUAUAUAUCUAUGUUGCGCUCGCGAGUUACAAUACCGGAUAUCUUACGCUGGGUAUGAGUAAUGUGGAGACGAUUAUAGAUGGGGCUGCGAAUGUGUGUUUAGUUGAUGGGAGGGGAAUGGCGGGAGCGAGUCAUGCUAGUCAAGAGGAGAAUGCUAGGGAGAAAGAUAGGAGGAGAGGGAAGGAGAAGGAAAGGGGUACAGGUUAUACUGGAGGAGGGAAAGAGGCUGAUGUGAGAGCGUGGAAGAAAGUCUGGAGUCGAGGUACGGAUGCUGUUAUGGAUGUCCCAUUAGGUGGUGUUUGUGAAAUUCUAUAUGGAGAUGGGAGGGAAGAUCUUGAGAUGGACGACGACGAUUAUUAUUGAGCUUAAGAAGAAGAGCGGGUGAAAAGCAAUCUAUACCCAUGUUUGUUGCGUCUUUAAUGCUUAAACUAUAAUGAUAUCUAAUGAGCACAAUUUUGCAAGAUGCCAUGCGCAAAUUCGAUCCCAAUUAUUAGAUCAGAGAAUCCACUCCCCAUCAUUACUUCGAUCUCAUUACAUGAUUGCUCGUACAUGACACGAUCAAAACUCUUAUAUGAUUCCAAGAAAAU